CCUUCCAACCCUGAUAUUCUAUGCUUAGAAAGCCUGUAAUCUAUUAAGUGUGUUCACUCUAUUUGUUUCCUGUCACUGUGUUAUUCUGUGUGUGCAACUGUCUCUGUGGGCGUAUGUCUGUGUGUCCUUGUGUAACUCUCUCUGUGUGAUGUGCGUAACUCUGUGUGUGUGUGUGUGUGUGUGUGCCUCACUCUUACCACCCCUCCUGGCAGCCACCUCUCUCUGCUGCUGCCCCAUCUCCUCUCACCUUCCCAGCCAGAUGCCCUUUGCCCUCCCAAUCGCCAUGCCCAUGAGUGUUUGAAUAACACAGGGGAACAGGAGUGAAUCUGAGCCCCCUGCUACUCCCAUAGCAGCCAAACCCCUGGCCUCACAAAAGGACCACAAAAUUCGGGAACCAGAGCCGGAGCAAAACAGUUAAUCUUCUAACUGAGCCCAGCCCAGUGUCGCAGAAAGGAAGAGGGCGGGACUCAGCUGUAUAAGAGGCGGCGGUGGCUAACUUUCUUUUACUUUCCCCUUUGACAUGCUUUCCUUCUGCACCCGGGGAACCUGCCAGUGAAGUUGCAGAGAAAUCGCUCCACGGCUGAUUGAGAACAGAGCUGGUGCGAGUGGCCAUGGAGGUCCUGAGGGCCAGGGACAAGAAGGGCCUGGGAGACAAACUACUCCAGAGGGCAAGGACAGAGGAAAAGGCAGUGCCUCCCAGAUGCAAACUGGCCACACUGACCCCGGAGAAGCCAACGCAGGAGAGGCCAUCCCGAGCUGUGCUGGAAAACCCCGGCUUCUCCCCAAUUGGACUUAUUUUGAUCUCUUCUACAUUUACAUUUAUUCCAAUCUACUCGCUGGUGCUGCUGUAUUGGGCAUUUGGGGCCGCAGACAGAACUCUCCACCUCUACCUGAUCCCCAAGAACCGUUCAGUAGAAAAGGCAACUGAAGAACAUGAGAAAUACCGGUCAAUUUCUGUGGACAAGCCGCCUCACUUAGGAACUCGUCAUGGUGUGCCAGGUGUACCGGAUGCCGUGAUAAAUCCGUCGGAUUUGAAAUGUACCUACAUAGGGCCUGAGAGCUGGAAGCCCUACACCAGGGACAUGGAAGAACGAAUGCAGCUCAGCUUGACAAAGCAAAAAUACUGCACAGGUGAUAGAGAAAGUGGACCUCUCCGGAUUGCCUCUCUGAGAGCAGGCAUAAGCACAGGGAAAACAACAAGAGAUCUCCUGGUCAACACCUUGGAUGACUUGGGAGAGAGCGAGUUGAAGAACUUCAAGCACAAACUGACUGACAUUGAUCUGAAGGAGGGAUACGACCACAUCCCUAAAGGGAAACUGGAGAAUGCAACGUCUCUAGAGAUCACUGACCUCUUGAUUGGACACUACACAAUGGAUUAUGCAUUGGAGGUGACCACGAUAGUGCUGGAAGCCAUCAACCGGAAAGACCUGGCAAGGAGAUUAAGAAGCAUAACAAGGACUGGGAACGUGAAACAUCCUGCAUCAGUGUCUGAUCCUCCCACCGGCACAAGCACAGGGAAAACAAUGAGAGAUCUCCUGGUAAACACCUUGGAUGUCUUGGGAGAGAGCGAGUUGAAGAACUUCAAGCACAAACUGACUGACAUUGAUCUGAAGGAGGGAUACGACCACAUCCCUAAAGGGAAACUGGAGAAUGCAACGUCUCUAGAGAUCACUGACCUCUUGAUUGGACACUACACAAUGGAUUAUGCGCUGGAGGUGACCACGAUAGUGCUGGAAGCCAUCAACCGGAAAGACCUGACAAGGAGAUUAAGCAGCAUAACAAGGACUGGUCAGGAAUCAGCCUGGCUGUGCCUCCCUGUACCUCAAGGUGUUAUCCACAAAUACCCAAAUUCACCACUGCUAUAUACCGGUAAUUACAAUAAGUUUUGUACAAUGCAUGUCUUGCAAGAUAUUUUAAAAGUCUUGUUCUCUUGAACAUUAAUAUCCUGUUGGAUUGUGUAUGUUCUCAUGUUAUGUGAAGUUUUGCUAUGUGUCUGUUACUGAAAUAUAUUGUGAGGUUGGGAACACCCCAACCAGCCUUUCAGGUACAACAGUGGAGAAGCCAGACAGUGGUUAAUGAUUCAUCCACAUCUAUCAAAGAAAGUGCACCCGCGUACUGGGCGGUGGAUGAGCAUCCGCCGAAAUGCCAAUUUUCGGCGGUAUUUCAGCGGCAACACCUAUUGACAUUGCUGCUUGUCGGUGGAAUUUCGGCGGAUCGUCCACCGCCAUGGUCCUCCGUGCUCGUUGUCUGGCACCUGCCCGACGAAAAAGGUUGGGGACCACUGGUCUAGAAGCCAAAGACGUUGAACUGGGGAAGGGUGGUCUCAGGCUGGAAAAGAGUCCCAGCCUGUGUAUUGAGGAUCUGUGACCUGUUUGUACCAUCCUUCAGGGUGAGACACUGCUCGAUUCAAAUCCUAUUUAGUUUGUAGAACUCAGAGUGUGAAUAUCUUUUUAUUUCUUAAG